CUGAAGACAAAUGUACAGAAAGAAGGUGAAAUGUACUAGCCUCACUUCCAUGAGCAUAAGCAUCAAGUCUCAACAAGCGUUAGUGUCAACAUCUCACAGCAUCAAUUUAUCAUCAUGGAUGAGGCGCAUACAGAAAGAAUAGAUACAACACUGAACUAUGACUAUGGAAUAACAAACUAUGAGAACGGAAUCAAUGGCUUAUGCAGUACUGAAGAUUCAUACCUGAACUCGGAUUUAAAGGCUGCCAUUUUCUACAUGGUCUUUGUGCUUGGCUUCAUUGGCAACAUCACUGUUAUAUGGGUUCUCCUGAAAGUCAUGCAUCUGAAAAGUAUGACCAAUGUCUGCCUAUUGAAUCUGGCUCUAUCGGACCUACUAAUGGUCCUUUCACUGCCUUUCUGGGCUCUCUAUGUCCAGGGUCACUACUUAACAGUCAACGCAAUAUGUCGAGCUAUGGCAGGUCUAUACCAAGUGGGAUUUUACAGUGGCAUCCUGUUUGUGACCCUGAUGAGUGUGGAUCGCUAUCUGGUUAUCGUACAUGCCGUAGCAGUGCUGGGAGCAAAGAUGCUACGGCAUGGAGUUGCGGUGAGUCUCAUAAUAUGGGUGGUUUCGAUCUGUACCGCCCUCCCAGAGGCAAUAUUUGCAGCAAUGGUAACAGAGGAUAACAUUACCAGCUGCCAGAGAGUAUAUCCUAAUGGCACGGCCCGGACAUGGAAGCUUUUCCGGAACUUUAGUGAAAAUACAGUAGGGCUUUUUAUUUCUUUGCCAGUUAUAGCCUACUGUUAUAUCAGGGUCCUGUUGGUUGUGCAGAAAACCAAAAACUCAAAAAAGGAUCGGGCUAUAAAACUUAUCUUUGCUAUUGUUGUUGUGUUCGUGAUCUUCUGGGUGCCCUACAAUGUGGUGGUGUUUCUGAAAACCUUGCAGGAGUUUAAUAUUGUAAGCAGCUGUGAAGCUUCACAUCACAUAAACAUGGCCAUGGAUCUGACCGAGACAAUAGCACUAAUGCACUGCUGUGUAAAUCCAGUGAUUUAUGCUUUUGUUGGAGAGAAGUUUCAGAAAUGUCUAGCAAGCAUGUUUUCAAGACAUCUCCUAUGUGUGAAGGUCUACCAAGCAACUUCUUCUAUUCAUUCAAAAGUUUCAGACAAUGAAACCUCCAACACGGCUUUGUAAAGAAUGGAUAUUUCAGAUUUUCUUCAGUGUUUUUAUUUUUAAUUUUUUACAUGAUCCACAAAAGCAAAAGAGCACAACAGUAUGGUUCUGGAAGUAAAAAAUCAAAUUAAUUUUUACAAUCUAUUAUAAACCUUUAAAGACAGACCUAUCUUAAGCACAGAGGUUUUUAAUCAAUGGUAUAUGCUUCUGUUAAAGCCAUUAGUCCAUAAUCUUUACCAUAUAUACUAUUUUUGCUUUCUAUAUACUUUAUUCUCCCAUUGAAUUGAAUGCAACAAUUUAUGUAAAAAAGUAAUUCUGCUCAUAUUUCAUGAUUAAGGCCCAUUAUGUUUCAGAGGUUGUAUAUAUAUAUGUACAUACACUGGUGGCCAAAAGUUUGGAAUAAUGUACAGAUUUUGCUGUUUCGGAAGGAAAUUGAUAUUUUAAUUCACCAAAGUGGCAUUCAGCUGAUCACAAAGUGUAGUCAGGACAUUACUGAUGUAAAAAACAGCACCAUCACUAUUUGAAAAAAGUAAUUUUUGAUUAAAUCUAGACAGGCCCCAUUUCCAGCAGCCAUCACUCCAACACCUUAUCCUUGAGUAAUCAUGCUAAAUUGCUAAUUUGGUACUAGAAAAUCACUUGCUAUUAUAUCAAACACUGCUGAAAGCUAUUUGGUUCGUUAAACGAAGCUUAACAUUGUCUUUGUGUUUGUUUUUGAGUUGCCACAGUAUGCAAUAGACUGGCAUGUCUUAAGGUCAAUAUUAGGUCAAAAAUGGCAAAAAAGAAACAGCUUUCUCUAUAAACGCGUCAGUCAAUCAGUGUUUUGAGGAAUGGUUACUCGAAGGCAAUACAAUGCUUGAAAUUGCAAGCAUUUCAUACAAAGGUAUACACUACAGUCUUCAAAGACAAAGGACAACUGGCUCUAACAAGGACAGAAAGAGAUGUGGAAGGCCCAGAUGUACAACUAAACAAGAGGAUAAGUACAUCAGAGUCUCUAGUUUGAGAAAUAGACGCCUCACAUGUCCUCAGCUGACAGCUUCAUUGAAUUCUACCCACUCAACACCAGUUUCAUGUACAACAGUAAAGAGAAGACUGUAAGACUGGGGUGCAGGCCUUAUGGGAAGAAUUGAAAAGAAAAAGCCACUUUUGAAACAGAAAAACAAAAAAAAAAGGUUAAAGUGGGCAAAGAAACAGACAUUGGACAACAGAUAUUUGGAAAAGAGUGUUAUGGAUCUUAAACCCAUUGAGCUUUUGUGGGAUCAGCUGGACUGUAAGGUGCAUGAGAAGUGCCUGACAAGACAGCCACAUCUAUGGCAAGUGCUACAGGAAGUGUGGGGUGAAAUGUCACUUGAGUAUCUGGACAAACUGACAGCUAGAAUGCCAAGGAUCUGCAAAGCUUUCAUUGCUGCACGUGAAGGAUUUUUUGAUGAGAAUUAUUUGAAGUAGUUUAAGAAGUUGUGAAAUUUUUUUCAAAUUGUAAUAGUAAUUUUUCACAUUAUUAAUGUCCUGACUAACAUUGUGAUCAGCUGAAUGCCACUUUGGUGAAUAAAAGUACCAAUUUCUUUCCAUAAGAGCAAAAUAUGUACAUUAUUCCAAAAUUGUGGUCGCCAGUAUGUAUAUAUAUAUACACACUACCGGUCAAAAGUUUUGAAACACUUACUCAUUCUUUAUUAUACUUUUUUUUUUUUUUUUUUCACAUUUUAGAAUAAUAGUAAAGUCAUCAAAACUAUGGAAUAAUAGAAAUGGAAAUAUGGGAAUUAUGUUGUGACUAAACAAAAUCCAAAAUAAAUCAAAACUGUGUUAUAUUUUAGCAUCUUCAAAGUAGUCACCCUUUGCCUAGAAUUUGCAGACAUGUACUCUUGACAUUUUCUCAACCAACUUCUUGAGGUAUCACCCUGGGAUGAUUUUUCAACAGUAUUGAAGGAGUUCCCAUCUAUGUUGGGCACUUAUUGGCUGCUUUUCUUUAUUAUUUGGUCCAAGUCAUCAAUUUCAAAAACUUUUUUUUUUUUUUUUUAUAAAAUUUUAGUUUUAUAAUGAAAUAAAUUAAUAUGGUGGCACAAUUAUAUUUUUGUCUACAAAACUAAUUUCAAACAUUUAAGCAUACGCCUUCAGAUCAAAAGAUUUUUAAGAUCAUGGGAAACAUUUCGGUCAAAUGUUUCAAAACUUUUACCGGUAGUGUAUAUAUAUAUGUAUACAGUAUAAACAAAAUACAUUGACAUCACCUGAAAUAUGCGUGGGAGGAAGAUGUCAAUUUAAAGUGUUACUUUAGUAAAAAACUUUAGUACUUUACUAAAAAAAAAAAAAAAAAAUGCAUAUACUGUAACUGCACUCAUGUCUCUGUGUGUUAUACUCAUAAAAUUUGUCACUUUUCUUUUGCCUAAACUACUUGUUUCAGACAGAGAAAUGUAUAUACAGCAUAUCAAGAUAUUCAUCAAUAUGUAAAUAAACAAUUAAACCACAAACUUCUGUUUCUAAAACAUGUUGCAAUGCUACAUUUGAUCUCACAAGUCCUCCCUUACACACAAAGUGUAAUACUGCAGUCAAAUAUUCAGUUACACUAAUAACUAAGCAGUCCUUGAUGAAUGAUUAAAUAAUAAUAAUAAUAAUUUAAUAACACUUCACUGCCUCUACAUGUAGCCUCCUAUAGUAUAACUAUUCUAAUACUGUUGAAAAUAACUUAUGCUGUAUGUAUUUUGGGAACAUAACAUUUUAAAAUGUCACUUUACCCU